UCGCCGCAGCGCGUUGUCUCCAACUUGCGCGGCUUUCUCAGCCAUCGCCUGAGCAACAUCACACCGAGCGACACAGGUUGUUCACUGGCAUGCCAACAACUCACACACUAACAACAAAAGUAACAACAACAACAGCAACACGAAAUCAUGUAAGAGACAGCAGUGUGUGCAACUGCAACUGCAUCUGCAACAAAGCAAACUGGAGUUAACCAUCGAGCGAACCACCAAAAACAGACUCGAAGCCAUUCAACCGGAAACGGAUGCAGCUGCCCAAUUUCCGGUAGCGGACAUGAAAUCGAAAAGCAUCAAAAGCGAAGCAGCAAAUCAACUAUAAAGGCUACACACAGUACAAACAAAGAGAGAGCUAGCGAGAGGGAUAAAGAGAACGCAAGCCAUUCUAAAAAUAAAUCGAAAGAGCAGCUAACAAAAUGUCCCCCUGCCACUGAGAGUCAGUAAGCAGAGUGUAAGAGCGAGAGAGCAAUAGAGCUCUAGCAAUUCUAAAAAUAAAUCGAAAGCUAACAAAAUGGCCUCUUGCCAUUGAAGCAGUGUUAGCUGAGUGGAAGAGAAAAGGAGAUUGGGAGAGCUCAAAUUAUUCUUAGAACUAAAUCAAAAGAGAAGUAAAACAAAAUGGCCUCCUUUCAAAUACCGCUGAUCAACCUGGAGCUACGUGAGGUGAAGGAGAUUGUGUGGGAGAAGAUACAGGAGCCGGUGAAUCAGCGUCGUCUCAUCCUGGUCAUUGUCUCUAUUGCUUUGCUGUUGGACAAUAUGCUUUACAUGGUCAUUGUACCGAUCAUACCCGACUAUCUUCGAGAGAUUGGCAGCUUCGAUGAAGGACCAACGCCGCCGCCGCUACGUGAUAAUAUCACAGGGCGCAUAAUUCCGACGCAUCACGAUCAUCAUGGUCAAGACUCUGCAACAGGCAUACUCUUUGCCUCCAAGGCCAUUGUCCAGCUGAUGGUGAAUCCAUUCUCUGGAGGGUUGAUUGACAAAAUCGGCUACGAUAUACCCAUGAUGAUCGGCCUGACCAUCAUGUUUUUCUCGACGGCCGUCUUUGCCUGCGGCAGCAGCUACAGCGUCCUCUUCUUUGCACGCUCACUGCAGGGUGCCGGAUCGGCAUUUGCCGACACCUCGGGUCUAGCCAUGAUUGCGGAUCGGUUUACGGAGGAGAAUGAGCGAUCGCAGGCGUUGGGCAUUGCGUUGGCAUUUAUUAGCUUUGGCUGCCUAGUGGCGCCACCUUUCGGCGGUGCACUGUAUCAAUUUGCUGGCAAGGAGGUGCCUUUUCUCAUAUUGGCACUGGUCUGCCUGCUGGAUGGUCUGAUGUUGUUGCUGGUAAUGAAGCCCGUCAAGGAGCAGAUCAAGCAGAGCAAAGAGGUUCAAAAUCAGGUAAUACCCAUCUGGCGCCUACUCAUGGAUCCUUAUAUUGCCGUCUGUGCCGGAGCAUUGACCAUGUCAAAUGUGGCACUCGCCUUCUUGGAGCCCACCAUCUCGCUGUGGAUGGAGGAUAAUAUGACAACGGAGAACUGGAAGAUUGGUAUGGUCUGGCUGCCUGCCUUCUUCCCACACGUACUGGGCGUGGUCAUAACGGUAAAGAUGGCACGCAAAUAUCCACAGCAUCAGUGGCUCAUGGCAGCCGGCGGCUUGGCACUGGAGGGUCUAUCCUGCUUCAUCAUACCCUUCUGCAGCGGCUAUAAGAUGCUGAUGCUGCCCAUCUGUGUGAUCUGCUUCGGCAUUGCCUUGAUAGACACGGCGCUGUUGCCAACGCUGGGGUACCUGGUGGACGUACGCUAUGUCUCCGUGUAUGGCAGCAUCUAUGCCAUUGCGGACAUCUCCUAUUCGAUUGCCUAUGCCGUGGGGCCGAUCAUAGCGGGCGGCGUGGUGGAGGCAAUUGGAUUCACAGCGCUCAACUUUUUCAUCGCCUUCUCGAAUCUGGCUUAUGUGCCUGUGCUUCGCAAGUUACGUAAUAUCUACGACUUCAAGCCGUUCGAGAAUGAGGCCAACAUAUUGAUGCAGGAUCCGCCCAACAAGGAGUAUCAGACCUAUGUCAUGCACGACCAGAAGCCCGUCGAGGGCGAGCUCAAGAAUCAUCUCGAGUACGGCCAACAGUAUCAGCCGGAGCAGGAGACCAAUCUGGAUGAACAGCAGCAGCAGUACGAGUAUCAGCAGGCAGCUGGCUAUCAGCAGGACCAGAGCUAUCAGCCGGGCUACCAGGAGCAGGGCGGCAGCUACGCCCAGCCCCGUGUGGCGAAUCCUUUCCAGCAGGCGCAGCAGCAGCAGCAGCAGCAGCAGCCAAGCAGAGGCCCUGCUGGACCAGCGAAUCCAUUUAGACAAGGAUUUUAAACUGUUGUCUUCAAGAAAAGAUAUUAUCAUUUCUAUAUAUAUAUAUACUAUAUUAUUUUGUUGAACUCACCUUGAAUUUGGUUUAGGAUAUUACCUACAUAUAUACAUAUAUAUAAAUAGUAAGUGGUACGUACACUAUAAAACUGCAUAUGGCAUGCAAAUAGUUCAAGUUCAGCUGCUAAAGCCCCCAUGCACCAGUUUUGUAUUAUACACUGAUUGCACGCAGCUAUAUAUAAGAUAUAUCGGCACCGAUAUCGGGCCCCCUAUACUCAGUACUCUGUUCGCUGAAGCUAGAGCAACCAAAGCAUAGUCAUAAUUGGAUCAAACUCGAGGAGCAGCCGCGCCUGUUCCUAGUUCCGAUCUCUAACAGAUAUCACACAUAUAUAGAUAUAUAAUUAUAUACAUAUUUAUACAAGCUGUAGCUGGUAAGCGGCGCAGCUGAGCAGGCUGCACAGGUGCCACAGGUGCCGUCGUGUCUUUAGCAGGCAAUGGCAUUCAUAUCGCAGACAUAUCACAAUUUGCACAAAUCGAAUAUUAAUUUACACCUUUUCGUUUGCCAUUGCGACGGACUUGUCGGACUCAUCGUGCUAUCGCCCGCUCGGCUGAGCUAUAUCAUUUCGAGUUUUGAAAACGAUUUUUGAUUUGAAAUAUUUAUACAUAUUUCUAACAUAAGACACAACCAAGGUAACGAUACAUAUCAGAGUCUCAAUGGCUCGCCUGUUUAAAUUACCAAAAGUGAUAUUAACUAUUGCUAUUAGUACUAUAUACAUACAUACAAAUAU